AUGUUGCCAGUCGGCGGAGCCAGCCCGCCCAAGAAGCACAGCGUGGUGCCCAACCUGAUGGAGAAGGGCCUGAUGCUCCUCCAGUGUGUGGCCGGCCGGGACAACCUGGUCCCAGACUGGAAACUUCGCCGGAGACAGCAGUCCCUCAGCAAGUCGGCUCAGGCCAUCAGCCGCUUCUACAGGAAGAAGGUGCGGGGUCCUGGAGGGGGACGGCCAGGCCGCGGCACAGCUAACUCGGGGCUGGCCUGCUUCUCCCCCUUGACGGGAGGCCUCAGGGGCGAAUACAAGCAAACCCCCAGCCCCGAGGACACCACCUUCAUGGCCGAACUAGAGGAGCUGAGAAAGGCGUUUCUCAAGCGCCCUGGCUGCCCUCAGUUCGGCACCAAGGCCACGUCUAUGUCUUUUUACGGCUCAUCCACCUCAGCUGGGGUGCCUGAGGAGUUGUGCAUGGGCUUUGAUUCCUGGAAGGUGACCCGGGACCCAUCCUGCAGCCAGCGGUCCUCAGACACAAAGGUGGACGGGUGCCUCUUUCCCUUUAGUAAGAGUGCCUGUGAGUUCAACUACUUGCGGAAGAGGAGUGAAUCCCAGAUCAUAAGCCCGGUCCCCAGCAGCCUGGUCCUGGCACAGAGCCACCUGAAGAAGCGGUUACCCUGGUAUAUCUCAGUCAUCCAUGAGAAGGAUCACUGCCUGCUCACGCUGGGGGAGGAAGUGCAGCGGCUGUCCACGAUGGAGGUGCUGCUUCAGAAGAAAGAUGAGGAGGUCUUGGCCCUCCAGGAGGAGAGGGAGGCCUUGAAGAAACAGCUGAAAUGCCUCCUUAAAAGCAAGGGCCAGGAGACAUGGGUAUGCCAGUGCAUGAAGGUGAGUGGAGGGCCCGGGCUGCAGGCUCUGCCUCCAAAGUGUCCAAAGCUCCUGGUGGCCCUCAGGCCUCCGGCAAAUGCCCCGUCAUCCUGGAAGGCUGCCACAUCCUCGUGGGAGCCAGUGCCAAAGCUCGGCGGGAGGCUGAGCAUCCUGAAGACCUUCUUCCGAGACGAGGAGCUGCAGCACUGGAGGCAGCUUCAGGAGGAGUAUGCCGUGACCGGCAGAGGCAAGGACCUGGAAGCAGCUGGCGGCGAGGAAGAAGAGGCGGCAGAGGAGACGGCGGAUGGGGAAGGGGAGGGCCCGGCAGGCAGGAAGGGGGCCGCACCCAAGGAGGGGGGUGAGGAGCAGGAGCAGCUGGAGGAGGAGGAGGAGGAGGAGGUGGUGGAGCUGGAGGAGGAGAAGGAGGUGCAGGAGGAGGAGGGCCAGCGCAGGAGGAGCUCCCGCUCCCUGGAGGAGGCUUUCGAGCAGGAGCUGAUAGCCCAGCUGGAGGAGUACGAGCACGUGAUCCAGGAGUUCCAGACCGAGCUGGAGGUCACCAGGACCAGAUACUCGCUCGCAACAGGGGCCAUCACGUCUUUACAACGCCAAGUGGAUUUCCAGGAAUCCCAGCUGCACAUGUUGAACAUGGAGAACGAGACCCUGCAGAAGGAACUCCGGGAGCGGAAGGACCAAUUACAAGCCAUGUCCAACAAGUUCUCCAACCUCAGGGAAGACAAGAAGCACGAAGAGAUGAUGGGCAUCAUCGAGAAGGACAACAUUCUUCUCCGCCAGCGAGUGUUGGAGCUGCAGAGCAAACUCGAAAAGCAGGAGCGCACCAUCUCGGAGUUCGACGCCACGGUCGGCCAGCUGCAGGCCCAAGUGAGCCAGAACCAGAACCACCUGCAGAGACGGAAGUGGCUGCAGGAGGAGAUGCUGAGCAAGAACGAAAUGAUCCAGCAGGCGGAGCAGCAGGCCCGCGUGGCCCUGGAGAGCGCCCAGUCCCGGCUUGAGAGACUGAGAAACAAGAUCAUCCAGGCCACCUUCAGCACCUCCGGGGUCAAGUCCUUUGCCACUGAGAUCUCUGACAAUGACAUUCUGGAAGCUUUGCAGAGGAUCAUCUCUGAGAGAGCCGACUACUACAAUCAGCUCAAACAGAAAGGCGCCAGAGUGCCUCCCCUGCAGCAGACAGAGGCCUUGUCCUCCCCGAACAAGUCCAAGAAGAUAACCUCCAAGUAGACCCAGCCCGGGCCCCCAGACGCCAGCCCGCCCGGCGGAGGCCGGCACCCAGCUCAGGGAGCCAGCCCUGUGCGGCCCGGCCUUUUCGCUUUAGAAUUAAACUCUGCCAUUGGCCAUGAACUCAGCUUUUCCGUCUCCUGGGACUCGUGGGGGCUUGGGCGACCACCACAGCCCCCAUCUGCCCCCCUGGCUCCUUCCUGGGGAGACCCCCACACUGAGCAAGGGCCCACCCCUGAGGCCCAGGCUUAGGAGGCCCGAGACCCGGUGCCUAUCCGCCCCUUCCCGACACCUGCGGCACAAACCUGUGCGGUGGGGGCGCCCCUGGCUGGGGCACCGCUUUGCGGCUGCGACCCGUCUGGGCGACAGUGGAGGCGAUCUUCUCCUCCUGU